UCAAACUCCGCCGUGUGUUCUCUGGCCUUCGUUUCCCCCUCCCUUCUUCCCACUGUAACUGAGGGAAAACCGGCUCGCCGCUUCCCCGCCCCCCAUGUCUGGCCGAUCUCCCGCCGAGGGCGAGAGGGACCCUCUGCCGCCUUCGUUCCCUGCCGGCGUAGCGCAUCUCUGCUAGCGGGGAGAAAGUGUCCUGCAUGCCCCUUUGCCUGCCGCAGCCGCCAAACGGAACCAAAAGCUGGGACCGGGGGAGCAAUGAAUGAACCACAUCAAGCAAGUCGGCUCCGAGGAGGGUAAAAUGGCAGCGAAAUGCAACAGCCGCAAAAGACUCAGUUGGGCAGCGUUUGAUCACAUCACCCGUAAGGCUGCUCUCUUGUGCCCUCUAAAGCCACUGCCGCCUUCUACCUCCGGCAUGUAGCAAGCAAGGAAAUCUCUCAUCAUCAUUCAAGAAGGAGUUGCUGGCUCUUUGUUAGUUCACACAACUUCUGUAGACUGUCAGAAUUAUUUGGUUGUGACACUAGGACUACUGCUGAUCACUGGGCCUUUCAUCAGUUUCAUUUUUGAACAGCAAAGAGAGAACUGCUCGCAUUGGUGCUGCUGCUCCAGCUGCGUAUGUGUGUGUUGUAAAAAGGAUGGUGUUUCUCUAGCUGCCACGCACAAACAACACAUUUGACCAUGAGGACUCUUCGCAGGUUGAAGUUCAUGAGUUCGCCCAGCCUCAGUGAUCUGGGCAAGAGAGAGCAGGCAGCCUUGGAUGAGCGGGGGACCCAGCAACGACGGGCCUGCUCCAACGCCACCUGGAACAGUAUUCAUAAUGGUGUAAUAGCGGUAUUCCAACGAAAAGGGCUUCCAGAACAUGAGCUUUACAAUCUCAAUGAAGGAGUCAGGCAGCUACUGAAAACUGAGAUGGGAUCCUUUUUUACUGAAUAUUUACAGAACCAACUGCUUACAAAAGGCAUGGUGAUCCUGAGGGACAAGAUACGGUUUUAUGAAGAUAUUUUCUGCGGGGCCUCCAUGCUCAGAUUCAUGCAUUUCUGUGCAGGACAGAAACUUUUGGAUACCUUGGCAGAAACUUGGGAUUUCUUUUUCAGUGAUGUCCUGCCCAUGCUUCAGGCUAUAUUCUAUCCUGUGCAGGGAAAGGAACCCUCUGUCCGACAACUGGCUCUUUUGCACUUCAGGAAUAUUAUAACUCUCAAUAUUAAACUGGAAGAUGCGUUGUCCCGUUCCCGAGCAAGAGUUCCUCCUUCAAUAGUUCAGAUGUUGCUUAUCCUCCAGGGUGUUCAUGAAUCCAAAGCAGUGACUGAAGAUUAUUUAAAACUGGAAUCUCUGAUACAGAAAGUUGUAUCUCCUUACUUGGGCACAUAUGGCUUAUAUUCCAGCGAUGGUCCCAUCACACACUCUUCUUGUAUUUUAGAAAAACGUUUCUUUCGACGCUCUAAAUUGGGGGACAUUGUUGCCAAGAACCCUGUGGUGAGAUCCAAAAGUUACAACAAUCCCUUGCUGACCCCAGUGGCUGAGUAUGAGACUGAAGGUGCAGCCCCAAAUGGCACUGGCAUCCGAAGGCACUCCGUUUCUGAAAUGACUUCAUGCACAGCAAUGCAAGACUACUCCAACCUCACGACCAUCAUGGACAAUGGCUCCAAGAACUCUAUGGUUAUGACAAAGAACUCACAGUCAGAGCCAGAAAGGCAUUCUGCUGACUCAGUGCAAUGCACUAGCAAUCUCAAUGCACCUGAAAAACAAAAAGGACUCUUUUAUCCAAGAGAUGAUCAAAACAUGGCAUAUGAGCUGGUCAGGGAUCCAGACUUAAUUGCCAUAGCCCCUACAGCCAGCCCUGAGAAUAUAGUGGACCAGAUUUUGGAGUCUAUCGAGUCCGAUUCUGAUGGAAUUUUCAUUGAUUUUGGCCACAGCUAUUCCAGUUCAUCAGGCUACAAUGUGGACGUGAGCAGACAGAGCAUUAUCUGAAGGAUUAUGUGGGGGGUAGUGGGGGGGGAGAGCUUAAUUGGUACUUAGGAAUGCAGCUUUGAAAUGCUGUGAAAAUCUCUUCUUAGCUGGAUGGUGCAAGGGGUUCAUCUGAAAUGUCAAAAUAAGAAGAAAUUCAAGUGGGAAAGGAUGUAUAGCUACACAGGAAAGGGAUUGUCCCAAAUCAAUAAGUGACGUGACAGGGAUGUAUAUAAAAUGUGGAUAAUCAUGGUUUGAAGAAAAAUGAUACCACUGAACCUUAGUUGUUGGAAGGUGUCUUUGUCUGCCCUACUUGCUUGAGUGGGGUUUACCAGUUUGCUUCAGAGGCAGUCUGAGCCCAUUGCAGCAACAUUCUGUUUCAUUGGUGGUCAACUUGAGGCAUAGGUACUACAUGCAACACAGGCAGCAGGAUUGGGUGUCAGAUUUGAUUAUGGAGAACUGUGAACCUAGGAUAUGGAACAUGAUCAGGCCUUGUCCUCCUGGCUGCUCUCUCGCUCUGCCCACUAGAGGCAACACUACAACAAAGAGCUGGGGGUUGCACAUCCACUAUAGUACACACUAGACCAGCACUCUUUUCUCCAACUCUGAAUUGGACUUGUGGCUCAGUUGCACAGAAGGUUGGGCAACCCAGGAAAUCCAGGGCUAGAGCAUCCCCAACAGACAGCUGUCCAGUCUCUGCUUGAAGACCUCCAGUGACCCCUUCUGCUUGAUAAAUAGUUCCAUUGUCAAACUGCUCUUGCCACUAAGAAGUCCAUCUUAAUGUUCAACUGAAAACUAGCCCACUUUACCGUAACUUAAAACCAUUUGAUCUAAUCCUGCCCUUUGGGCAACACAGAACAAGUCUUUACCCACUUCCAUUUGGCAGCCCUUCAGAUAUUUGAAGAGUAUCAUCCUAUAUGCCAGCCUUCUCUUUUCCAAACUAAAGAAGGUCCUUCAGUCUUUUAUCAUAAGGCUUGUUUUCAGACCCUUGACCAAUUUUGUUGUCCUCCUCGGAACCUGCAUAAACUUAUCUACAUCCUCUUAAAGUCUGGUGUCCAGAAGUGGACAAAGUAUUCCAGUUCAGAACUGCCUAGUGAAACUAUUACUUCUUAGGACUUGGAAACUGUAGUUCGAUUAAUGAAUCCAACAUUCAGUGUUAAUGCAUCCAACACUUGUGCAGCGCCUUACUGUGCCACUACUGAUGCAUGUUCAACUUGUGAUAGACUGCAAACCUUAGAUCGUUCACGCAUGUGAUAGUGCCAAAUAUAUCCUCCAAGUAUCCUGGCAAAUCAGGCUCUGCGUGUGUGCGUGCUUGUGUGUGUGUGUGAUUUAAGUUUUCCAUUCUAUCAAGGUCAUUUUGAAUUCUAUUCCUGUCUUCUUUUGUUAACCAUCCCUCCCACUUUUCUGUCAUCUGCAAAUCUGAUGAUUCCCUCCAUUAAUACGUUAAAAGGUACCAGACCCAGGAAUGACCCCCACCCCAUUAAAUACCUCCCUCUGUCUUGAUGAGGAGCUUAUUGAUGAGCACUCUUUGAAUACAUUUUUCUAACCAGUUUUGAAAGCAUCUGACAUUUGUCCACUUUGCUAAUCAAAAUUUAGAGAACGGUGUCAAAUGCUUUGCUGGAAUUGAGAUAAAUUAUGACCACAGCAUUCUCACAACCUGGUCUUUGAGGCCCAACUAAAGAUGGGGAGGAUGGCAAGAUGCCUGUCAACAGAAAAGAUGCCCCGUGGUGUCCAUGUAGGUGUAUGGAGGGCUAGUUGUAAGUAAACAGAAUUUGUGGCAUUGCACAACAUCAUUAUUGAUCAUGUGGCACAUCUGUUAAGGCAUCAGGUUCCAAUUUCCCAGCUGAACUAAAAAUGCUCCCACUGUAAAAGCAAAGACUUUUCCCUGCUAAAAUCUAGGAGGUAGGAAAAAGAAGUUAGAAAGCUGGGAAUGGCUGAAGAGGAUUUUGUGAAUAGGCAGUAAAUAGGUUAAAUGUCCUUAAGAUUCCUUCUGUUUUCUUUCUAUAAAUUAGGUGGAAAGUGUCUCAGCCCAUUGAAUUAAAUGGGUUCUUUUAACAGACGUCAAGUGCAGUUUUCCUGUCAACAUACUGACUGGGGAGUAGGCAGUAGGACACAGAUAAUUUUGAGAGCAAAGGGAGUCACUCUCUUCCUGUUUAUUGAUGAAGAGAGGUUUGGCGGGGUGGGGAGAAAAAGGAUGCUGCAAUCCUGGACAGGCUUACUCUGAAAAAAGUUCUUAUGUAAAGAGAGGAUCUCGAACUAAUAUAUCCUGUAACUUUUCACUUGUACACAGCUGUGUGCAUACGUGUCUUUGCACUGUGUGCAUGUGUUUGGUGUGUAUGCCUGUGUUUUUGUGUGUGUGCAUGUGUGUAAGUGCAUGUGUUUGUUUCUGUACAUGAAUGCUUGUGUUUGGGUUAACAAAUACAUGUGCAUGUGUUUGUGUGUUUACAUGUGCUUAUGUGUGUGCUUGUGUAUGUUAACCUGUGUGAGUGUGCACACAUGUUCAUGCACACUUCCUUGUAUAUGUGUGUCCUAUGUUUGCAUUGCAUUUGUAUGCACAUGUGUGCACACAUUCACAUGUGCAGGUGUUUAUGAGUGUGUUUUUGUGUACGCACAAAUGCAUAUGUUUACAUAUGUGUAUUUGUACAUGUGUUUGUGUGUGCACAUGUGCAUGGAUGUUUUUGUCAUGUAUAUGUUUCUCUGUGUGCGCAUAUUUGUCAUGUGCAUGUGUUUGCGUAUGUAUGUAUUUUCAUGUAUUUGAGUUGUAUGCAUAUGUUUGUGCAUUUACAUCUGUGUGCUCCUGUGUAUGCGUGUGUGUGUGUGUGCGCGCACACACACACACACUGCAAACUUUAGAUCCUUCAUGUAUGUGAUACUGCCAAAUAUAUCCUCCAAGUAUCCUGGCAACUCAGGCUCUGUGUGUGUGUGUGUGUGUGCGUGUGUGUGUGUGUGAUUUAAGUUUUCCAUUCUAUCAAGUUCAUUUUGAAUUCUAUUCCUGUCUUCUUAUGUUAACCAUCCCUCCCACUUUUCUGUCAUCUGCAAAUCUGAUGAUUCCCUCCAUUAAUACGUUAAAAGGUACCAGACCCAGGAAUGACCCCCACCCCAUUAAAUACCUCCCUCUGUCUUGAUGAGGAGCUUUUUGAUGAGCACUCUUUGAAUACAUUUUUCUAACCAGUUUUGAAAGCAUCUGACAUUUGUUCACUUUGCUAACCAAAAUUUAGAGAAUGGUGUUAAAUGCUUUGCUGGAAUUGAGAUUGUGUGUGUGUGUGUGUGUGUGUUAGUAUUGCAUGGGCAUUUGGGUUGUAUGCGUGCUGCAUUCAUGUAUUUGUUUUUCUGUUUAUGUUUGCUUGUGUUUGUGUGUGCAUGUGCAUGUUUCCAAAAUCAUUCCUGUGCCACCAAAACUACCAGAAUUCCCCCUGCCCCAGAAUGCACUAGCUUCCCACCUGUCUUCCUCCAGCUGCCCACUGCAUGCCCCCCUUACCCAAGAGCUCACACUCCAUGCUUAAAGGAGCAGGCAUUGCACUUGCAACAGAAUCCAUUAGUUGUUCCCCCUCCAGCCAGUGUUGGAGUACUGGCAAAUGUGUGAGCAUCUGGCUUCAUUAUCAAAUCAAACAUGGUCUGUAUAAGUUGCCAGCACUUGCUAGCAAUAGGCUUUCAUGGGGCAGGAACUGCUGCUCAAAACUUCACCAAACCACUAAAAGGCUUUCUUCCUAGACAAGACUGAAUAGACUACAUCAGUCAUUUUCACCAAAUUUGAAAGAAAUAUGAUAUGCCUCGAUAAAGUUUGGGCAAAAAGGGGUUAGUCAGUGUGUCAGUUUUCAGGACUGUUUAACUUGUUUUAGUUGUACCUGUGGCAAUUUUCUUCAGAUCACAUUGAAAUUAGGCAUACUUGUAGACCUUGUCUAGUAGAUCUUACAUGCCAAGUUUAAGUGAUUAGCUCAACAAAUGUCAACAAAUGUAAGGAAUAUAAUGUUGAGGCUUAUAAUGAUGGAUUUUUUUUUUAACACUACUUGCCUUAACUAUAAGAGUACUCCCUUGCCCCUUUAAUUAAAAAAAAAGUUAAGACUAAUGAGGCAUAAAUUAUUCUUUAUGAAUCCAUGCUGGCUUCUACUAUACCACAUUGUCAUCAAGAUGCUUACAUGUUAUGUGCUUUGCUCUGUGUGUUUAUUUGCUACAUUGUUAUACUAUCUAAAUCAGUGUUCUUUAGGUGGUACAGUGGUCCCUCGACUUACGUAAUUAAUCCAUUCCGAACGCACGUUCGGAGGUCGAAAUUUUCGUAAGUCGAAGAGCGCACCACGGAAGUCUGAAAACAUUCAUAAGUCGAGGAAGCCGCAUCUAAAAAUUCGUAGGUCGAGUAAGCUGAAUCUAAACCGGCAACUACUUCCGGUCUUUUUUGUCGCUCGUAACUCGAAAACAUCGGAUGUCGAGUAGUUCGUAGGUCGAGGGAUUACUGUACUUUGCUGGUAUCUAAGCCAAAUCAACAUAUCCCCCCGCUUUUUUUAAAGAAAUGGGGUCAAUGUUAACUCAACAUUAGCCCAACUUCAGUCUUGUGGCACAUCACCCAUUUCCCAUACUCCCCCCCCCCCAGAUGAUAAAGAAUCCAAAAGUAUAUCAGCAAGUCAUUUUAGUCCCCUCGAGUGCAAUUCAUCGGGCCUUGAACUCUUGAGAUAGAUCCUAAUCCUUGAGAUAGAGACUAAACCAUUCAUAUUGCUUUUGUGAGGUUGCAUGCAGUCCCCCUUUCUGGAGAAGACCGGAGUUGAGCCGUUCUACUUUUUGUCACCGUUUUUACAGUAAUAUUUCACUGUAUCUUACUGAGCAGUGGACCUACUGUAGCCACCUGUUUUCUCAAAACAUACACAAAAAAGGUUAUUUUGUCACCCUUAACACCCUUCACCAGGAGCAGCUCAUUCUGAGCUUUUGCUUUUCUGUUACUGUCCCUACACAUCCUGUAUUGGUCCUUGGUGACCUGCUCUUCCUUCUAUUUCUUCUACGUGUUUUUAAAUAAAGUUCAGAUAAUCACAAAGUUAAUCACUAAUGAAGCCACACUGGUUUUUAAAAACAUCUACAAUUUUUUUCUCUUUGGAAUCAUUUGUGACUAUGCCUUUAGUAACUCUUUCUUCAAGAACCCCCACUCAUUUUGGGCCUCUUUCCUGUUAGUGUGUUUAGCCAUGAAAUCCUAAAUAGCACUUAUCUGAACUUCUUAAAACUUGCUUUCCUGAAAUCCAAAGAACAUGUUUGACUACACUUGACUUUCCAAAUGAUCAAGAACUCCAGCACUAAAUAAUAAAAUUUCCUUUGAAAUUUCUGUUCAUGCAAUCUUAUUGAGCUCUUCCCUAAUGGUAGGAUCAAGUCAAGAGCAAGCAGGCUCUUACUUCUCAUCCUGCCUCAUUAUUCCAUGACUUUGGCCUGGUUCAUGUUACCAACAUGACACAGAACUACUUCCACUCUACACCAGUACUGCCAAUAAAAGGGACUGUAUGGUGACAUGAUUACAUCCCACUCUAGCAGUACCAGUUCCCAGAGAUGAUGUGGGUAGUAACAUGAUUCCAGUCAACAGAUGUUAUAAAUGGGCCAGGAAUCAGAAGCAUUGAUCCAAGCAAAUCUCUGGAGUUCCGGCAUUAUUGUUAUAAUGGACAGGAAUCAGAACUCCUGUCAUUUUCAUAAGAGGACUGAUAAAGCCGCAAGGAGGUUCAAGAAAGCAGAGAGCUUGCCAAAAGCAAGAGCAGGAAGAUUCCUUUAAAAAAUCAUGGGCAGUGUGUAUGUUGCCUGCUUCUGGCCAUUUUUAAUGCAUUAAAAAUCAAUAAGAGCAAGAUAGAUUGCCCCCCACCCAAAUUUUCUGCAACACUCUUGGAGACCCCAUUCCCACUGAAAUUGUCUCCAUUUCUUGUAUCUAAAAUAUUGCAGAAAUGUGGGGGAGCAUUUCAGUAAAACCCCUAGUUACAUUGGAUCUGAAUAGAUGGAAGUACCUCUCACCCCAACUUGAAAUCUUUAGGGUAUGUUUGUAUGAGUGUAUCUAAAGUUACCAGUGUGGAGUUGUAGGCUAAACCUAUAAGUACAAGAAGAAGUUCCAGGAAAGCAAAACUAUUAAGUCAUGGUUGCUCCAUUUGCAGGGCAAACAGUUAGAGAAGCAGCACUGGAAAAACAUAGAUCAGAUGCACUAAAAAUGCAAUCAAGGGACUGGUGCAGGUGGUCAUGCAUCACUGAAUUACUCAAUAUCAAAUGUCAUGUAGUGACUUUCUGAUCCUCAUCAAAAAGGUUUUGGGCUCAAUCCAGCUAGUCACAAAGAAGAACGUAUGAAUCAAUUCAUGGCCAAAUUGAUUUGACUCAAAUUUGGUUAUUCGUGUGAUUCAACCUCGAAUUGAAUCACCCUUGAGGAUGUUUACCAGAUUCAAAGUCAAAUUGAAUCACCUUCUAUUCAAGCUCGAAUUGAUUCGGUGAUUCAAGCCUCCAUUUUGUCCGAGCUUUUGCCAUCACUGCUAGGGGUGGAUUUUUAGGAAUUUUUAUGUGUGGAUUCUCAGUUGUGAAAUGACUCAUUUCACAACCAAGAAUCCACAAUACUUAAAACAUUCCUAAAAAUUCACCCCUUUGCCCAAUUCCUUUGGGGGUUGGGUGGCAGUUGGCAACCAUGGGGCCCUGCCACCCAACCCGCUUUGGUGCCCCCAGCCCUUAAAAAAAGGGGCCAAAUCUAUUUGAAUCAGAAUCAAAAUGAAUUUGAAUCAAAUUAAAAAUCAAUUUGUGCACACCCCUAGUCACGACUGAAUGUCAGUCAUUGAUUUCAAUAGGACAGACAGUGAUUAGAUUUAGUCGGAUUAGGGUAUAAACAUAGGGUAUAAACAUUCUCUUGUUGGUGCAUGAUCUAGGAAGACUUAUUCACACAGGCAAAUAACCGCUUACUGCACUGUUGCCAUCCUCUGAUGAACAUGCAUGUGAAACCAAACUCUUAAUCUUGUCCCACCUCUAGAGAUUGCCCCCCUGCUCAUGGACUUAUUGCUGCCUUUGUAAGUUCCAGAAUAAGGAACUGUCUUCUUUGCCAAAUCCUAAUAAGUACAUAUUUCCCACCAGGUUAAUGAAAUAUUCAUUUUUCAUCACUUCUGAACACUUUUAUAAGAACUACCUGUUCUUUGAAAAUUAAACCUUUCAAACAUAUAUUUGAAACUCAGAGGGGAGGAAAUUCUGCCUACAAAUAAAGCUGAAUCUGAUUUCUACUGUCCAUUUUAAGAGUGUUUCUUGGUACAUUGUGUAUGCUCAAUGAGUGAAAGUUCUCAAAAAAAAACCACUGAAAUAAAUACAAAUGUGCUACUUAA